CGGUUGGUGCUAGCUCCCCCGUAGCUCCGGGCUCUCCUCUGCUCACGGUCUCACCCGGGCGCUGUUGCGCGGUGCGGCCCCGGUGUGUGAGCGCUUACGGCCCUGGUUACGGGCAUAGCGGUGGUUGCCUCGUGCUCCGGGGGUCGGCGCGCGCCGCACGGGGGGGGAUUCUCGCCAUGUCGACGGAUGAAGUGAACGGUCUGUGCGAGCAGCUGGUGAGGGCGGUGACGGUCAUGAUGGACCCGAGCUCCACCCAACGUUACCGCCUCGAAGCCCUCAAGUUCUGUGAAGAGUUUAAAGAAAAGUGUCCCAUUUGUGUCCCAUGUGGCCUGAAGUUGGCUGAGAAAACACAAACUCCUAUAGUUAGACACUUUGGCCUUCAGAUCCUGGAACAUGUUGUCAAGUUUCGGUGGAACAACAUGUCUCGUCUAGAGAAGGUAUUUCUAAAGAACAAUGUCAUGGGGCUGAUAUCAAGUGGGACUCAAAAUAUUUUGGAGGAAGAAAGCCACAUUAAAGAUGUUUUAUCUAGAAUUGUGGUGGAAAUGAUCAAGCGAGAAUGGCCACAGCAUUGGCCCGACAUGUUGAAAGAAUUGGACACCCUCUCCAAACAAGGGGAAACACAGACAGAACUAGUGAUGUUCAUCCUUCUGCGACUGGCAGAGGAUGUGGUGACUUUUCAAACACUACCCCCUCAAAGAAGAAGGGACAUCCAGCAAACACUAACCCAGAACAUGGAAAAGAUCUUCAGCUUUCUGCUUAAUACUCUUCAACAGAACGUGAACAAAUAUCGGCGAAUGAAAACAGGUACUUCACAGGAGCCAAAGGCCCAGGCUAACUGCAGGGUAGGGAUAGCAGCACUCAACACCCUGGCAGGCUACAUUGACUGGGUGGCCAUGAACCACAUUACAGCUGAAAACUGCAAACUCCUAGAGAUGCUGUGCUUGCUUCUGAACGAACCUGAACUUCAAGUAGGAGCAGCUGAAUGUCUCCUAAUUGCAGUCAGCAGGAAGGGUAGGUUGGAAGACCGGAAGCCUUUAAUGGUCUUGUUUGGAGAUGUUGCCAUGCAUUAUAUACUCUCUGCUGCUCAGACUGCUGAUGGUGGAGGCCUGGUAGAAAAACACUAUGUUUUCUUGAAGAGACUUUGUCAGGUCUUGUGUGCUUUAGGCAGCCAACUAUGUGCUUUACUGGGCACUGAUUGUGAUGUUGAAACACCAGCCAACCUUGGAAAGUACUUGGAGUCUUUUCUGGCUUUUACAACUCAUCCAAGCCAGUUUCUGCGAUCAUCAACUCAAAUCACUUGGGGAGCCCUUUUCCGGCAUGAAAUCUUAUCCCGGGACCCUCUGCUUUUAGGAAUGAUUCCCAAAUAUCUCCGUGCCUCUAUGACUAACUUGGUGAAGAUUGGCUUUCCCUCUAAAACAGAUAGCGCUAGCUGUGAAUAUUCUCAAUUUGACUUUGACAGUGACGAGGACUUCAAUGCCUUCUUCAACUCAUUCCGAGCUCAGCAGGGAGAGGUGAUAAGAAUGGCCUGUCGCCUGGAUCCCAAAACUGGUUUUCAGAUGGCUGGGGAGUGGUUAAAGUACCAGCUUUCAACACCUGUGGAUACUGGGCCAAUGAACUCUAGGACUGGAGAAGGCCUAUGUUCAAUCUUCUCUCCCUCUUUUGUACAAUGGGAUGCCAUGACCUUCUUUUCAGAAAGUGUGAUUAACCAGAUGUUUCGAACUUUAGAUAAAGAAGAAAUUCCAGUGAAUGAUGGCAUAGAGCUGUUGCAGAUUGUACUGAACUUUAAUACCAAGGAUCCCCUCAUCUUGUCCUGUGUCCUCACCAAUGUUUCAGCACUCUUUCCAUUUGUCAGUUACAGACCAGAGUACCUGCCCCAGGUCCUUUCUAAGCUAUUUUCAUCGGUCACUUUUGAAAUCAUCGAAGAAAGUAAGGCUCCCAGGACUCGUGCUGUGAGGAACGUGAGAAGACAUGCGUGUUCUUCUAUCAUCAAAAUGUGUCGUGACUAUCCUCAACUUGUUCUGCCCAACUUUGACAUGCUUUAUAACCACGUAAAGCAGCUGCUUUCCAAUGAGCUGCUCCUGACACAAAUGGAAAAGUGUGCCCUUAUGGAAGCCUUGGUCCUAAUCAGCAAUCAAUUCAAGGACUACAAGCGGCAGAAAGUUUUCCUGGAGGAGCUGAUGUCACCAGUUGCCAACCUCUGGCUUUCUGAAGAGAUGCAAAGAGUGCUAUCAGAUGCUGAUGCUUUUAUUGCCUAUGUGGGUGCUGAUAACAAAAUCUGUGAACCAGGCUUGGAAGAUGCCAAUGGUCUAAAUCGUUCACGAAUAAGCUUUUGUGUAUACACUAUUCUGGGAGUUGUGAAACGGGCUCGCUGGCCCACAGACCUGGAAGAGGCCAAGGCUGGAGGUUUUGUGGUUGGCUAUACUCCAAGUGGCAAUCCAAUCUUUCGUAACCCUUGCACCGAGCAGGUGCUGAAACUUCUUGACAAUUUGCUCGCUCUUAUAAGAACCCACAAUACUUUGUAUACACCAGAGGUACUGGCUAAACUGGGAGAUAAUUUCUCAAAGGCUUUGGAUAUGCUCGAAGUAGAAAAGAAUGCUAUCUUGGGACUUCCUCAGCCUCUCCUAGAACUCUAUGACUCUCCUGUCUACAAAACAGUCUUGGAACGAAUGCAGGGUUUCUUUUGCACUCUUUAUGAGAACUGUUUCCAUAUCCUAGGGAAAGCAGGUUCUUCUAUGCAGCAAGACUUCUACACUGUUGAAGACCUUGCCACCCAGCUUCUUAAUUCUGCCUUUGUCAACUUGAAUAGCAUUCCUGACUACCGACUCCGACCCAUGCUUCGGGUUUUUGUGAAACCUCUGGUGCUGUUUUGCCCUCCAGAGCAUUAUGAAGCCCUUGUAUCUCCCAUCCUUGGACCCCUGUUCACCUAUCUGCAUAUGAGGCUUUCCCAGAAAUGGCAAGUCAUCAACCAGAGGAGUUUACUAUGCGGUGAAGAAGAGACUGCAGAUGAAAAUCCAGAGUCUCAAGAGAUGUUGGAAGAACAACUAGUGAGGCUGCUUACUCGUGAAGUCAUGGACCUGAUUACUGUUUGCUGUGUUUCAAAGAAAAGUGCUGAACACAAUACUGCUACCAAUACCACCACCACCAAUACCAACACCGCAGCUGAUGGAGAGGAUGAAGAGAUGGUUUGCACAGAGGUGGCCCCCUCAGCUAUGGCUGAGCUCACAGACCUGGGCAAAUGCCUGAUGAAGCAUGAGGACGUGUGCACGGCACUGCUCAUCACAGCCUUCACUUCCCUAGCCUGGAAGGACACCUUGUCUUGCCAGAGGACCACCACCCAGCUCUGCUGGCCUCUGCUUAAACAAGUACUCUCAGGAACACUCCUGUCUGAUGCAGUAACAUGGUUUUUCACCAGUGUGUUAAAGGGUUUGCAGAUGCAUGGGCAACAUGAUGGCUGUAUGGCUGCACUUGUCCACUUGGCCUUCCAGAUAUAUGAGGCAUUGCGCCCCAGAUACCUGGAAGUGAGAGCUGUUAUGGAACAGAUCCCAGAAAUACAGAAGGAAUCUCUGGACCAGUUUGACUGCAAGCUACUGAACCCAACACUGCAGAAAAUUACUGACAAGCGCAGAAAGGAUCACUUCAAACGCCUCAUUGCUGGUUGUAUUGGGAAACCUCUAGGAGAACAGUUCCGUAAGGAGGUUCACAUUAAGAAUCUCCCAUCGCUCUUCAAAAAACCAAAGCCGUUGCUGGAAUGUGAUGUGCUGGAAAAUGAGGAUGGAUGCUUGAGCACCAUCUUUGAACCCUGAUGUGGCCAUCUGAACAAUUUUCCCAGGCCUUCUUUGUCAUCUCUUCUCCUUCCCCUUCAUAGCUAACCUGUAGCUCUGUCUCCACUGCCUCCUCUUCCAGUGCUGACCUGGAGAAAGAACCAGGCUUGGGGAUGGAGAGCCAAUAACUGGCUCCAAGAAGAAGCCAGAAGCAAUUACAUUGGUGUCAUUUUCAAGGGAGUUAGGACUUAUGUUAUUCUGUCUAGUUCUCCCAAGAUGUUUCCUAACCCACUCAGAGCUCCAUAUCUGAGCAUUUUCAAGAGAAGCCAUGAGCAGAACUGUAGUUCCUUGUUGUCAUUUUUCCCUUUUCCCUUUCCAAGUACCUUCUUUGCACCAUAUGUAGAAUAUGGGGUUGGGGUGUGUGUUUCAUCUAAACUCAGCAAGUCCUAGUACUGCCACUGGUUUGUGGCUGCACUACAGGCACAGAGACUGGUACAUACACCUUUUCUUGGCAACUUCAACCCACGUGCUGAGGGAAGGGGGGAUGGGAGGCAGACCUGUUUUGUUGCUGGGUUGGGAGGAUAGCAAGUGAAGUGCAUGGACUGUCUACAAGUGACUGAGACCAAGAACAAGAUCCCUUCAGAGACUUCGCCAAACCUGGGUCCUCACCUCAGGGCCCUUGCCUUUUCUAUGCUGAGGAAAACCUCCUCGUUACUAAUGAGAUGACAUCUACUAGUCAUCAUUAAUGACUAGUAAACUUCAUUCCCUCAUUAGCAAGGGUUCCUCAGGAGCAAAAGCCACAAUCCCUAACUUGUUCACUUGAUGCUCAGGUGCUUUAUGGGCAUCCAAGGUUAUUGACAGAAUUAGGCAACAUCUAUUCCUAAGAGCUAAGCCCAUUGGCUUUUUCUCCCAUGACUUGGCCCUUGUGGCUUGGUUCCCAUGUAACCUAGUUCAGGUGCCUUUAAAUAAGUUCAUGGCUUCUGAAGUUCCAACUGCCUACAGGACUUUUUCCUUAUAAAUACCACCAUUCAGUCAGGGAUCAUGAGAACUACCCAGUUUUGAAAAUCCCAUUGUAGGGUUAUGACAAAAAUGAGCUGGAAGUGUUUUUGGCAAGAGGAUUCUAUAGUUCAUGGACCCAUAGGUUAGAUAAGAACAAGGGAAAGCUGGGAGAAGGGGUUACAAAUCCAGAAUAUCUAUCUGUACUGCACAGACUUGCUGUCCUCCACACACGCUCGAGCGUUCUGUUGUAUUUUUAGGUUUUUCUGUUGACCACAAAGCCAGUUUUGAAACAUGCCUUCUUCUAGCUUUGAA